AUGUCAUCCUCGAAGUCUAGAGUUCUGCUAGUAGGAGCGGGAGGUGUUGGUACCUUGGCCGCUUAUGCACUGGAGACUGGCGGAAAGGCUGAAGUCACCGCUGUCAUGCGCUCCAAUUACGAGGUCGUCAACAGACAAGGCGUGAACAUUGAUUCAAUUGAAUAUGGCAAGAUCGUUGGAUUCAAGCCAUCUCACAUACUGAAAGCCGUCCCGAAUGUGGUCAAGGAGGGACUGCCGCCAUUCGAUUACAUUCUUGUCACCACUAAGAAUGUCCCUGAUAAUGGUCUCAACGUUGAGAAACCCGUUAUUGCUCGCUACCCUAAGAAUAUCGUCAUAAGCAGCGUCUCUACGAUUGGUACGACCGAGAGGUCUCAUGGCGACAUCCUCCACGACGACACUGACGAACAGAAGAUUGGACCUUUUCACAACCCUGAGAUACCUCAACACGUCGCUGAGGCCGCCGCGCGCCGCUACAUGGAAAUUUACAACCCAAAUGGCAAGCUUGAGCUUACUUUUGAACCAAAUGUGUUAAAGACGCGAUGGCGCAAGUUGGUAUAUAACGCGAGCUUCAACACCGUUGCUACCGUUCUUCAGAUGGAUACAUCACGGAUGAGAAUGUCAGUAUUCGUUGUUGAUGAGUUGCUGAAGUCGAUCAUGCGGGGAAUCAUUGCUGCGGCCAACGCCGCUGGUUGCGAUCUUGACCCGAACCUACCCGACACUGUGGUCUACAACGAUGGCUUGGAGGACUACUUUCAUCCCAGCAUGAUGCGGGAAAUUGAGAAGGGAAAUUACUUCGAGGUCGAGGUUAUUUGCGGAGAGCCUCUUCGAGAAGCAGCUGCCCUAGGAGUACCCACGCCGACCUUGAAGGUGAUUUAUAGUCUGCUAAAGGCUUUGCAGCUCAAGACAAAAGGGGCCAAGGGGGCAUGGAAGCCACACUGGGCAGAUGGAAAUCCUUAUGGCGAGAAAAGAUAA